UGUCAUCCUACUGAUUCUGGGGAAGGUGAUAGGACUGACUUCAUACUCAUCCCACAAGCCUUCAAAAAGUUGGUUCUUCCAAACGUUGACAAAAAGUUACUCAGUUAUGGUGUGGUUGAAGUAGAAUAUAAAAGGAUCUCUUGCAAGUACCCAUGUUACAAGGACAAGGUCACCUACAAGAUCAAUGAAAAUAACAAUUAUCCAUACUACUUGGCUUUAAGUGUUUUAUAUGUAAGCGGCCAAAACGACAUCACAGCGGUUGAAUUGUGGCAAGAGGAUACAAAACAAUGGAAACCCAUGCGCAGAGCCUAUGGGGCAGUUUGGGACAUGGCAAAUCCACCAACAAGCAGCGGACCGAUCACCUUGGGAUUCCAAUCUACAACCAGUUUAGGGUACAGUUAUUGGGUUCGCUCUACCAAUGCCAUACCCAAUGUCUGGAAGGUUGGGGCUGCUUAUGAGGCCACUGCUAAACUCAUCACUAAAUAAAUUUAAAUCCAUAUAUGGAUUUUACAUGUAUCUCUGAUAAUCUCUUAUAGUGUAUAGGGAAAAGGUAAGUUUCUUUGGUAUUUUUUUUUAAUGAAUAACGUUGUCUGGGAUUGUUCUAAAAGUUUCAAAAUAUAUGAAUUAAGUUCAUUUUGUAUUUUUUUUUCUUAUUAGGUCUACCAUGUUUUUUUUGGCAUUUAAAUAUUGUAUAUUUUUUUGUGUGAUCUUUGUUUGUUAGCACGAUGAGAAGCAUUUGGGGAUAAUCUGAGUUUUUCUUCUAAAGUCAUAGCAUUUUUUAUCAAAACAUUUCCCGGUUCCAUUCGGUAAGAACUUAUAUUUAUAUAAAUAUAUAUUAUUUUCCCAUCAUACAUACAUACAUCUAUAUAUUGCAUUUGUGUUGUUAUGCAAUUCAGUUAGUAAAUGAUUCUUAAAUGAAUUUAAUAUUUGAGAAAUUGACAAGAUUUCAUAAAGAUGUGCUAUUUCUCACAAUAUCCAGAGUUAGAAUGAUUUAUACUUUUUUUUGUGUGUUUUAUUUUUGUAUUGGGGUUUUUACUUUAUUCUUGCUAGCUGCAAUGUAUAUAGGGAAUUCACUUUGGAUUGACGGUUGGAACAUGUAUUUUGCCUUUUUCUUCUAUUUUCAAUUAAAGAUAUAACUAAUUUAA